CUUCACUCUUUUCAGGUCCUCUCCUAGAUCAGAUGCUGGAAGAGAAAGACCUGGAAGAAGUCCUUGCUCUGGAAAAAGACUGGUUGAAGAACUGAUUCACGUAGGUGCAUAUAUGCAGCGCUCCUCAGUUCCCCACCAACAUAGCAGUGUCUUCUCAGAUAGGAACAAACUGACUUUUAUUUCCUUUUGUCCUGUCUGAGAGCCACUUUUAGGCUUUUCACAAUGUGUGUGUGUGUGUGUGAGAGAGAGAGAGAGAGAGAGAGAGAGAGAGAGAGAGAGAGAGAAUGAGGACUAAAGCCAGAAAGGAUUCUUUCCUGAACAGGAGCUGUAUUGGUCUGUUGCACCAACUUCUUUCAAGGGUAGAAUGCAUAACUUUGGUGGGAUCAUGCCUGACAUUUUACCAAUGGAGAGGGAAGGGAGGGGAGCAUAGGAAUGCAGAGGAGGAGUGGACUAGACAAGAGCCCAAUUAUCUGCAUGGAGGGGGUCCCUAGAACAAAAGGGGUUGUGCGGUUGUGCAAUUUCUUCACCCCUGGGGAAGUCUGAUUCCUGGCACUUAUGAUUGCAGGUACAGCAGACUUUUCCAUUCCUACGUCUCAAGGUGGGAAAUGCAGAAUUUGCCCUAGAAUGAUGGCAUUGUUUUAGCUGCACAUCACUAUUUGCUCAAACUUUAGGAGAUGUCCAUAUGAUACUGUGCCUAAGUAUCUAACGGUUAUCUUUUGCCUGUCUUUUUCUCCAGCAUGCCUUCUAUCGCCAGCCUUCCGAGCGCUAAAGCGGAACUUCCACCCCAGGCGCAUGAUGGGUCCUUCCCAGUCCGCCUCUUGUGCAGGGUGUCCUGCGUGCAACUAGCUGCCUUUCUCCUGGCUGUCCUGGGCUGCCUAAUGAGCAUCUGCUCCACAUCUGCCACCCUUGACUGGAGAGUGUGGCAAGUAGACAAAAUCAUGGGCAGCAACCAGCAGGACGUUGUGGGCAUUGGCAUCUGGGGUGUCUGUUCCGUCAGAAGAGUUACCAUGAAGAAAACCAACAUGAUAUGUAUACCAUUCAAUGAUGAGGAGUCCCUGCCAGCUGAAAUCAUUGUGGCCCAGGACUUGAUGCCAAUGGCCUCAGUGGCCACUGCGGUGACCGUUCUUUGCAUGGCCUUUGCUCUAUGCAACAUCUUUGAGCCAGGAAAAGACGAGAAUUUCAUUGAUACCUUCUUUUCAAUUGGAGGAAGGAUAGAGUUGGCAGCGGGUACUUGUGUAUUGAUUUCCAUUUCAUGGAAUCUUCACUCUGUAUUAACAAACGAAGGAAUUCCGCUUCCGGAGGUUUUGGGAGUGCCUCCGAUUCCCACAGAACAACGUGCUGGAAUGGCCAUCUAUGUUGGGUUUCUUGCUGCAGCUUCGCAGCUGUUAAGCGGAACUCUGGUUCUGGGUGAAAAAUAUUUUUGGAAAAGGAGUGAAAUAAACACUUCCAAGCCAAAAUUUGUAAAUGACCCAGAAAGUGUUACAGACACUGAAAACCCAAAGCUGAGGAUGAAAUACAGACAGUACUUCUCUUCUGUGACACUGGAAUGUGAAGAAGAAAACCCCCCUAUCUGGCGGAGAUGUCAAAAUCAUAUUAAAACGAAAACCAUGCCAGGCUCACUAGCAAUAUGGCUAAUGAAUGGUUCCCGUCCUGUGACUGGCUUUUUUUAACUGGAAGCAGGGGGGACGUUGUGUAUAUUUAUUUUCUUAGGCAUAUUCUGUUGGGGUUUUUUUUUUUUACUGAAUGCUUCUGGGAUGCUUACAACAUAGGGUUAACUAUAAAUGGGGGGAAUAAAUUAAAAGUAUAAAACUGUUAUAUUUACCUUUAGAUAUUUAUGCUAUAUCUCUUUUAGCAAUGAAAAGAAUGUUAUUGCAAACUUAUGCUGGAGUGCUUAUUUCGCUGCAGACUCUACUGUCUAUGGUGCUUUUCAAAUUGCCUGGUUCUAAGCACUGCUGAGUUGAUACCUGCACUGCCCCAUCUGGCCAUCCACAGGGGAGCAACUAAAACUCAGCAUUCUUCUAUAGAGAAAAUUGCCAGAUUCCCCAACUUGAGAUGUCUGAGAUCAGAUGACGAGAUGGAAUGCAAGGAAACCGAACUGUCCAGGAGAGCUGCUUGCUAUCUUCUUCCUGAAGCUUCUCUGACAACUUAUUGAAUGGCUGCCAAUUGAGGUUGCACUGUAGCCUCCCAAGUUUCUCUAAUUUCUUACUCUACAGAAAGCAAUUUGUGAGAGCUUACAGCACUUUCUGCAAGAAAAAUAAACACACUUUUAACAAUGACCUGACCGCUAGAUUUUUUUCCCCAGUGAGAAGAAUAGCUACUGAUUUUUCUUUUAUUGGUAAAGAAAGCUCAGUGUGUGUGCAGGUGAGUGUGCAUAUUGGGCCCCAUUUAUCUUGGCAGGUCUGCAGUUUUGAAAUAUUAAUCAUCUUAAUGCAGAAAAAUAUGAAUCUCUUAAAGUUUUGACUUCACAUAUUUGGCAGCACUAAAUCCACAUUCAGGAUGGGCCGCCUGCUGGAGCUAUUGGAAGUCCCAAUGGAAAAAGAAGGGGGGAAAGAAAUCCAUUAUAAAGUCCCAAUUAAUCUCAACAAUCUCAAGUAUUGAUUUUCCUUUGCCUUUUAUCAAUUUGAACUCCUUGUUUGAGAAUAACUCAUUGCAGGUAAUAGACUGAAAUAACGAAGUCCUACAAGGUUAUAAUUGACAUUAUUUCCUAAAAGGCGUCCAUCAGAAGUUAUUGGCCUAAAAAUGAUUUCCCAGAUACCAUAGAUAAUCUGAUAGUGUUCAACAUGGCCCAUAAGGGGGCAGGAGAGGAAGCCAGAUAUCAGGGGCUAAGAUACUGAGCUUUGAAUAAGAAGAUGCACAGCUCAAAACUCAUUGCUGCCAUUAAAUCGUUAGCUGGCCUUAGGCAAGAUCCCUGCCUCUCUCCACCUUAGCUUUCCUCCAACAAUGCCACCAUAAUGUUACUGAGAUUUCUUCUUUGUUUAAAUCAGGCACAGUUAAUACCCUGGACACGGCCGCCUUAAGCCUUAACAAACGAAGAAAAAAGGGAAGAGAGAGAGAGAACAAGAAAAGAAAAGAAAAAAGAAUAAAAUACAAAGGGAAAAGAAACAUUAGAGACUGAGAAAAGGGGCUACUGAUUUUCAAUCUGCCAGUUACAUAAAAAAAAGAUUAUUUAAGACAGCCAGUCC